AAUGAAUCGCUCAUCCAAAAACACCGUGUCUCCAAAGUUCAAAAUGCGAACCCUCUCACUCGUGCUCGUUUCAGCGUUGCGCUGGUGCCUUGCCGAAGCCACGCCAUGGCAAUGCCGCCCCGGCUCCGUCGACCUCAACAACAUUUACCCCGAGCUCGUCAGUGAGAGAAACCACACCGUCGAUAUUGGCGAAGGCACAGAUGGCCAGAUCUUCAUGUCCGAGUCCUCGGAACAAAUAGCGAUCAAGCGGUUUUUCUCCGACACGUCGUCCGACCAGAUUCAUGAUGAGUACUGGAUCGGCCAAUCGCUCUCACAUCCGAAUAUUGCGAAGACACAUUCGCUCACCCGGCAUCGAAAUGAUACUGAUGAUAAUGAUGAUGAUGAUGACGGAUAUUGGCAGAUGGAAAUGGAAUUCGUCCAAUUUCCUCUGCUCGAUCUACUCGACCACGAUGUCUGGGCUGAGCGCGCGUGGAGUUUUUCCGCUACAAGCUGCGUCUUCGCCCAACUCGUGGAGGCUGUUGCAUUCAUGCAUGAAUCUGGCAUCGCACACCGUGAUCUGAAGGUUGAGAACGUCAUGGUGGCUAGAAAUGGUGUCGUCAAGCUCAUCGAUUUUGGCAGCGCUGCGGCGUCGCGGAGUGCACUUGCUGGAACAAGAUUGAACAGUACAGAGAAUUGGGUAGGUACACCGAUUACGAUGGCGCCUGAAGUGCAUGGAGAGAGGUUCUUUGACAUGGAGAAGGCCGAUGUGUGGUCACUUGGCGUCAUCCUGCUAAGGUUGUCGUUGGGGGUGUAUCUGUGGGAGCCUGAAGGCGUCCUUGGUGCAUUGGCCGACAAUGAAGCCUUCCGAGCCUUUUUGGCUGAAAGAGAAGAUCAAACGCCGGAUACGAAGAAUGGAGAGGAUGUUUGCACGCUGUGUCAACUACCACAAGUAGCAAGAGAUAUCGUCGCGGGCAUGCUUGAAGUAGACCCUCGGAAGAGAUUGAAUUUGCGGACCGUCGUGGAGAGUCAAUGGUUCAGAGACACCGCAAUAGCUGUAUCGGAAGGUCUUGCGAACCCUGAGCAUCACUAGGUCCUGGAUUUCAUGCGCUAGAGUGCACCACGCCAUCGCAUUUGAUAGCCGUCAAUGCCAAACCCGCGUCACAAGCUGGGCCACCGCCGCGUCAGAAUCACAUGGGGGUUGUAAGUUGAGUCAGGCCGCACAUCAACACAUUCGAAGUAUAAACCACUUGCGCGACUCCUGCCUCCUGGCGCUUGCAGUGGGUAGCUUCAAGAAUCUAAAAUAUCACACGACCGCAUUGAAGCUGCUAGAUUUCGCGAACUCUGCAAUCUCACCGCUAUAAUCGAAAGCCAUUCAGUGCACCCGU